AUGUUGCUGCUGACCCUGCUUGCUGGAUAUUUGAGCUUAUGCUGGACACAAUCAAGUGAGUAGACGGGCAGAAAUCUCCAGAAUCUAUAAUGAAAAUCCUCUUAAAAAAUGUGCGGUGUGAUUUAAUUCAAGAAUUUUAAAUGUGUCUGUGUGCCCCCUCCUCCUACAGCAUAUUACCCCGACUUUAGCAAAGAGACAACCCUCGUGUCUCCAUUUGUGGAGUCAAUAGAGCCAACACCAUCCCUCCCAAUGACUCCCUCAACAGGCACCAGUAAGAACAGUAAGAGCUUUUAGGAUAAAAUCAAACUUUGAUCCUAACAUGAUCAAAAUGACUGAGUGUUUCUUUUUAUUUGUCAAGCCGUCAUAGUGGUCCUUCGUGUGGCUGUUCGAUCCACUUUGGAGGACCUAAAUGAAACAACAGUUGCUUCAGCCCUGAACCAGGUCACUCACUAAUCUUACAAGUAUUCAUGUCUUCAUGUAUCUUACUAUCAAAUUAUGCAUCUUACUUCAGUGAAAACAAUCUAAAUAAACAAAUACAAUGUUGAAUGAUUAAAUGUGUUGAGCUCUGCUGCUGUUGACAGUACAGUCACAUGAACCUGCUUCUUAUCCGUUUAAAGCUUGUCAUGUCUUCCAGAUCAUAGGGGUGAUCCAGGAGAACUUUCCAGGUCUGGACCAUAAGGUGGAGUUGAAGAAAAUCACCCGAGUGUGA